AUGCGACUUGCCGCCCUCAACCACUCGCUGUGGAAGCUUCUCGCGGCGCAAUACUCGAUCGGCAUUAUCGGAACCGCACGCCUGGGCAAGUCCACGCUCGUCGCUGAGCUGAGCGGACAGAACACCGCCGCCGGAGAGGGGAAAUCCUGCCACACGCACACCGUCCACACCUAUGAGAACAAGGACGCCCUGGGCAUCAACAUCAUGGACUUCCCUGGAGUCGAUGACCUCGGGGCGCUCGAGGGCUUAUUUGCACGCGGCAGCAGCGCUGUCGACAUGCUCGUGAUUCUGGCUGACGGGCCGAAGGCGCACGUUCGCGAGAUGGUGAACCUUCUCAAGGCCGUCGCGGAGGAACGGCAUGACCAAGCCUCGCGUCCUCUUGUGCAUGCACCGCGCCGAUGA